GUCUCCGCUGCCGGCGUCUGAGUGGAGCUGCUGAAGCGGCGCGAGGAGGGGGAGCGGCGCUCCGGGACGGGGAGGGAUCUGGGCCCGGUCUGGGGAGCCGCUGCCGCCCCGUCCCGCAUGGCUGCGAUCGCCUGGGCUCAGAGGGCGGCGGGCGGAGGGCGGGGAUCCAGCGAUGCUCCGCGAAGAACCAUCACCGCCGGGCGCAGUGUCCUCCCACGCUCCUGUAGCAAUGGCUCCGUGGCUGACGUGGAGCUGGAGAACACAGGACAAUCUCUGUUCCACCACAGCAGGUUCCUAAAGGCGCGCAAUGACAAUGUACGUGGCGGGCAGUGGUGCCAGACAUGGGGAAGCGCAAUGCAGACCACAAGCAGACACAGCACCCAGAGCGCUCUGGGAAGCGCUGCCCGGUCAAGCUCAGCUCUGAGGAAAGUGGCGCAGCUGGAAAGUAAAAUCAUGAAUCGAAAAAAGCAGAUGGAAUUACAAAAUACUGACUUGGGCCAGAAGCCUUUGGAGGAGGAGUCCUUCUCAUCUGCUUCCAGUCAGGAACACAGUGCAAGAGGCAAGAAAUACCUGAAGAAGUAUACUGCCACCAGUGGAAACGUGACCCUGGGCAAUGCCAGCUCUAGAGAAGCAGAAAGCAUCCAAAGCCCUAAAAAGAAUGUUAUGGUUAACCAACAGCUUCAUUUGGGUAGCAGUGAAGAGGAGGUGAGACAAUUAACGAAGAACUCUUUGGAGUUUUCCAGUGGAAAUGAGAAUCAGAGGGUUGCUGCGAGUGAUUCCAAAUGGGGUGGAAAGAGUAAGAGUCCAGUUCCAUCACGAAUGCCUCUUGCAGCUCCAGCUAAGGAAAUUUCACCGACAGAGGUAGCUAAAGCAGCUUCUUUUCGAAGCAAACACUCGGAGAAAAAUGGUUUUGGUAGAGUUAACUCACCAACACCGUCACCAGCCAGCAGAAACUUGUCUGUACGACAUAAUACGAACUCUCAGUCACUGUCUUCUUCCAUAAAGGACUAUACUGUACAGAUUGCUCUGCCUCGAGCAGGCAAUGCCAAGCAAAGCCAAAUAUCACUCGAGAGCGACAGAAGUGAAAUAAAAUCAUUAGAUGAUUUAUUUUCAGAAGCAGCUGGUGCACAAAACUCAACCAGCAGCGACUCACAUGACUUCAGGCUGAAUAUCCUGAGCCUUGAUGACUUGGCACCAGAUAUCACCAGUGAGGUGGCAGAAUCAAAGCAGAAAGGGACAGGCGUUCCAGUUACUCAGGAAUCAAAGAGCAAUCCAGAGAACGAUACAUCCCUGGUGAAAAAAGACCAGACUGCUCUGAAAAAGACCGGUGCAGUAACCGGUGGGAGUGGUGCCUCUGAAGGGGAUAUUGAACAACCUGCGACUGAGGCUGAAAUCUCUGAGCUUUCAAGUGGCAGUUCUGCAGAAUUUCCUGGACAUAAAAAGGAUAGUCAGGAUCAUGAGGAGAGAACUGUUAAUUCGGAGUAUUCUGAAGACUUUGAAAAUUCUCUGCCUACAACAGACAGGGAACCUGUAUCAGAAAUGUCAGAGGAACAUUCCAAGAGCUGCACACGUUCUGGAAAACACCGAUCUCCACCAUCAUCACCAUUACUGACCAGAGUGCUGCAUGACCGGGUACACAGAGUGACCGUCAAAGAAGCUGCGGUUCAGACGGUGGAUUCUCCGUUCGGCCCUUACCAGUCAGCGCCAAACGCCUCUGUGGUGCUCGAGUCAUCUGCAGGAAACAGUUACGUUGAUCCAGUACCUGUUGCCAGUCACAUCAUCAGCACGGAAACGCUAGAAGCCCUGACAGCGCACGGCCCCUCGGCGCUCGUUUUAAACACCAUCUUGAAACAGUAUGUGAUGCUGACGCAGCACUUCAUGGAGAACAUUCGCCACCUUCACACCUCCCUUGUGGAGUCCUUAGAGAAGGAGAAUUUCCACUACCAUACCCUGGAAGAGGCCAAAGAGUACAUCAAGAAUCACAGAUUCCCACCCCUAACAAGUGAGCAAGCACAGGAAGAAAUUCAGAAAGCACAGGAGGAGAAACAGCAUUGAGCCCUUGAACUUUAAAUUUACAUUUCCAGAUCUCAAGGUGGAACAAAAAAAACCUCCCAGAUUGUACAGAUAAAUUAUAAGCCAGGUACUGGAAGGAUUCUACUAACUGCUCUCUGUCUUAUUAGAAUAUAUAUCUGAAUUUUUCACUGCUGUACAGAGCACAGGGACAGCAGGAGACCAGAGCAGUGUUCAGCAAAAAAGAAACCCAGAAACCCCUCUCUCUGGAGGGAGCAUGGUUAAGGCAGUGUUUAUGGGGUCAAUUGCGAGAGCUGUGCUCACAGUAGAAGUUAAGUCUGCACUGCAGCCCCUGAGGAAGCAAAUUCACAGCAUAGAAACACCAUCCUGACUUCAGUGCCACAUCCAAAC